AUCACUGAAACACGAAUGAAACGCAAUUUUUUCCGUCUCUUCCAAUGUUUCCAAUGAAAUUCCCGAGAAGCAAAACACCCACAUAACCUUACUUUUCAAAUAAAAAACAACUUUUCCCCAAUUAGCGAUUUGAGAAUUUUCUUAUUGGACUUUUUUAGUUGGAAAAAUAAGUGAAUUGCGCUGCAAAUAAGUGGAAUGGGGAAGGAGGUAGCUGCUGGAUUUCUCCUCUUCCGGAGACUAAACAAUCAAAUUGAAUAUUUGCUUCUAAAAGCAUCCUACGGAACAGGACAUUGGACACCACCAAAAGGUCACCUCGAGAGCGGGGAGACGGAAUUCGAGGCAGCCCUGCGGGAGACCAAAGAGGAAGCUGGCUACAAUGAAGAAGACAUGAAGAUCUUCAAUUCUCACAGCCAUGAGAUGCACUACCCGGUUAAGGGGCAGGACAAGAAGGUUGUCUACUGGUUGGCAGAGCUCGUGGAUCCCCACAAAGAACCCCAACUAUCCAAUGAACACAUUGCCCGGAAGUGGCUUCCAAAAGACGAAGCAAUCGCCUUAUCCGGGUUCAAGAACUUCGAAGACAUGGUCAACAAGUACGACGAAAUCAUCCGGAAGGAGCAGCUCUAAAGAAGAAAAAGACCCUUUGUAAUUUUUCUUCAUGUAUAUUUGUUUGAAUAUAUUGCAAAUUAAUACAUGA